AUAUACAUACACAGAAAUACACACGCACAGACACAUGUACAUACAUACACAGACACAUGUACACACAGACACAUGUACAUACAUACACACAAACACACACAUAUGUACAUGCACACACAGACACAUGUACACACACACACAUACAUGUAUUUACACGCAGACGCAUGUACAGAUACACACAUGUACAUGCAUACACAGACACACACAAACAGACACAUGUACACGUACACACACACACACCCCCCCCCCAGAAAAAGUUGCAGUACUUUGUUGUUCACUCACAGAUCUGGGUACUGCACUUUAGGGGGAGGCAGAGAGCACAGCACACACUCCUUGUUUGCUUUCACUGCGCUCAACUAUUGAGCAGUCUGACGGCUCCCAGUGCCAAUGACAGAUCCGGCCUGAGCUCCGAGCCUGCUCAGCAAGAUGGCCCUGGGGGACACACUCGCCCCCACCAUAAUUUCCACUCGCCAUUGGCGAGCAGGUGAGUGGAAAUUUCAAGCCCUGCGAACAGUGUAUCCUGUGU